GUCUGAGGACCUGCAAGAACUAACUCAGCAGCUGCUUUCAAUAACUUCAAUUGCAAUCAGUGGAAGCAGAAUGUGAGAAGGUUUUGUGUCCCCUCUGGUACCUUUCCUGCCGCUGUGGCUUCACUCAGAGCAUGAGUGAUUAUUUUGCUGGUUAGAAGCUUUAAUCAUUAUUCUGCUGCAGGUAGAGUCUGUGGUUGAACUCACCCUCAUGGCUCUUUCAUUCAGCCUCUCCUGGCUUUGCACUCUGUUGUGGAGCUGCUUGUGCUUUCCUCCUCAAGAAGGUUACAGUACUGCACAUGGCUACUAUCUCUAUGAGAGCCCCCAAACCUCUAGCACAUUUCAUUCUGGACAAUCUUUGAAUACAAACAAUGAGAAUGUUGGACGGCAAAGCUUUGUUUCCCGUCAGCCAGAAGCAUUUAUUGAUGAUAAAGAACAGGAUGCUAACGCUGAGAUGAAGCAAAGCCAGCCUGAUAAAUUUCACGGGGCCUCUUCUGCUCCUCUCAUAGGGCAAAAUGAGCAGUCUGGUUAUCACCAUCCCUUUGACUUGUUAGUGAGGGGACACACGCAGGAGCCUGUGAAGGGUGUCGCUUUCCCCACAAUGAGUCAUUUAAAGGAGUUUAUAGAAAACAUGAAGCGUUCCUUCUUAGUACCAGGAAGUGACUUGAGUAGACAUUUUGAAACUGCACGGGAAAAAAUGAAAACUCUCGGAACAUCCAUGGACUAUGGACCAACUCCUGACAAAGGAGGUACUGCCUCUGGUGACAGCAGGAUAAAUAACGAUCGGAUUGAAGAAGGUGCCAACUACCAAACGCCAAAUAAACGCCUCUCUUUCCCUGAUCCUUUCGACUCCUCUGCAAGUCUCAUUUCUUCCAGUGUUUAUGACAACCAAAAAUUUAGGCCGGGCACCACUUUCUACCCACACGAUCAUUUAGCAGCCACAGGUCUUGCUUCAAGAAAUUUGGCGCACGGUUUUCCCUGGGGAAACAAUGACUUAUCUGUGAGUGUGGAGUCAGAACGACACAAACCACCAGAAAAAACACAAUUUCCCUCCAGCUCCUUUCACAGGCACGGUUCUUCCUAUAAUGAACAUGUGACUGCACCCCCUGUGAACCCUGCAAACAGCCCAUCUCAAGAUUUCAGCCAGUAUUCAAGUGAGACCUCAAAUUUAACACCUUAUUGGAAGGAUAUGCUAAAAACAGUACAUGCCUCUUACAGUAGAGAUCCUUUAAUGGGGUACUGGAGACCACCUGGUGGCUUUGAACUCACUAAAGACUUCCACAGAGUAAGUCAAACUGAUGUCCCACCUGCAAAAAACCUACCAUCUGCAUAUUCCUAUGGCAAAAAGCAUCCCCGUUCCAUGCAGCAUUAUUGGCCCAAAUACAAGACAAGAAUAGGUGCUUCAGUCCAGCCGGGUCAACCCACUGACAGCAAAGAGUUAAGGACUGUAAAAUAUGCUUCCAACAUUCACUGGCCUCCAAGUGGUUAUGUCUCUUUAAGCUUUAAUGACCCGUUACCCCAAUGGAGAAGAGGUCACAUGGGUUAUCAAAGCAGCCCACAAUACCCGCAAAUUCCUCAUUAUAAGCAAAAACAGAUGGACAGAGCUCGCUGGAUGUUUACCGCCAAACCCUUGAGUUUUGUUCCCAGAUACCAGAAAGUCAGUGCUGUUCCCUUCGUCCUAAAUGCCGGUGCAAAACAUGAGAAUUCAAACCUCUACAAUCAAGAACUCUUUUCUGCCUUUCAGAAACCACAUUACAAUAGAUUGAGAAAUCCACCCCAGAGUGGGCUUACAUCUUAUGGAGUAAGAAACACACUGGGCUCAUUCUCUAAACCACAAAGGCAAACUGUGAGGUCUGAACGUUUACGGCCUUUCAUGCAAUCAAACAGGCACAUGCCUCGAGUCAGUGUGAGUCGACGGCCCAGACACUUGGCCAACUGGCCUUCUGAACAGCAGCCUAAGCCUACAGGUUUGAUGCCUAAGUGUGUGAUUAAGAGGAACACAAAAAGCCUUCUUCCUCAAGAGUCCCGUAAUACAUCUCCAUCAUCGCCAUACGUUAAAUCCAAAAACCGCUUCACACGGGCCGUAGCAUAUCUGUCAAAGGUCUGUUUCACACCUCGUACGGUGCAAGGAAAGAGUAAUAACAAUCAGUGGAGACUGGUCAGAAGAUGGCAUGAAUGAAAGGACACGAUAACUCAAUGUGCAAGACCGGGAAGAAUGAUGAACACAUUUUUGAAGGUAUGAAAACAAAGAUGUUGUAGUGUUUUUGUCUGUGAACACAUCUGCUGUCCUGGAAAUCUGUCCUUUAAAUAGAAAACAAAGCAUCGCAUUACUAAGUAAAUACUAAAACUGAGCACUGAAACUGGACUGACCUUAUUCAACUUUAAAACAUCUGUAUCAGUCUUGUAUGGAAGUGUAAUGCAUUCAGUAGGCAGUUUCUCCUGUGUUUCUGAUUUUUUUUUUUUUUUUAACAUUAAUUUUAUUUAUAUAGCACCACAACAACAGUUGCCUUGAGGUGAUUUACACUGUAACAUUAAGACCCUGCAAUAAUACAGAGAAAACCCAAACAAUCAGACGACCACAUUUUGAGCGAGGGUUUGGAGACAGUGGGAAGGAAAAACUCCCUUUAAAUAGGAAGAAACCUCCAGCAGAACCGGUUUCAGGGAGGGGUGGCCAUCUGCUCCAACUGGGUGUGAGAGAGGGAAGACGGGACAAAAGACACGCUCUGGGAGACAGUCAGAGAUGGAUAAAUAAUAAUUAAAUGCAAAAUGGUCUAUAAACACAGCGAGUGAAGAAGUGCAUCAUGGGAAGCCCCCAGCAGCCUAGACCUGUUGCAGUGCAACUAAGGGAGGAUUCAGAGUCACCCGAUCAGGCCCUAACUAUAUGCUUUAUGAAAAAGGAAAGUCUUAAUAGUAGACAGCGUGUCUGUCUCUUGAAUACAAACUGAGAGCUGGCUCCACAGAUGAGGGAGCUUUUUAUUUACCUGAAGGUUUGAUUUCAUAAGCAUAUUGACCUAUAAUACUAAAACUACUGUUGCAGACUUUCUCCUGGAUAUUGCAAAGUUUCUCCAGGAUCAUGCGAGCUGCUACAGCUUCAGAAUAUAAGACGUUGCAUCUAAAAAGCAUUAAAGUAGUGCAGGUGACUCUGAUAAUGAAAUCAAGCUUUUAGGUCCACAGAAGCUCUUUUAAGUUUUUUUUGUUUGUUUGUUUGUUUGUUUUUUCCCUUCCAAUGUCUGGAUUUUAUUUGCGGGUAACAUUACUGACAAGUGGUCUAUGUAAAUAGAAGUAUUCGUAAUCUUAAUGGCCGUUCUUUAACACCUGAAAACUUAUAGAUUUAUUGUAAUGGGAUUGGUCUUCAGCUGCAAAUCAAUUUCCUGUUCUUCUACCUACAUCGACUAUUUAUGUAAGAACCUGAAAGUGUUACAAUUUUGACUUGUCUUGAUUGCCACAUUUGAUGGUAGUCUUUAUUAUACAUCUUCAGUGUAAGGAUAAAAACAGUUUGCUGGAUAUAUUAGCAGUCCAGAAUAAAUUCUACAGUCUAUAUCCAUUUAACUUUGUGGACAGAAAAGCAGCUGUAACUGUCUAAUAGGUCAUCUGCAUUUGUUUUAGAGUUGACAUCAUGUUGGACAUGACAUAAAUAUUGGUGUGAAGAUCAGUCUGAAUUGACUUUAUGGUUCUAAAACAGGAUUAAAUAUUUAAAAUGAGUUUUUAAAUCCAGGCUGUAGGUCUGAUUAUAUUCUGUUUGUAAUUUAUACUGCAAUAGGUUCAGUCAGACAUCAUGUUUAAACAAAAAAUUAAUUUCUGAAAUGUGUAAAUUGAGAUUGUUUUCGAAAACAAUCAAGGUAAUCCGAUUUACAGGAGAACUACAGUUUUUGUUUGUGUGUGGGGUUUUUUGGUUUUUUUUCUUAAGUUCAGAUUUGUUUCACAUCCGGCUGCAAGUAAAUAACGAAAACUAAAAUGUGGUAGGAUUCAUGCUUUAUGAAUGGAUGGUGCUGACUGUUUUUCUUUUUUGUUGUUGUGUUUUUUGUUGUUGUUUUUUAAAGAGAAGUCUCCCUCUACAUUAAGAUGCAUUCACUCAGUCCAGUGAAUACAUGGAGGCUCUGCUCUUUGCCUGUUGCCAUGGUGAAUCCUGGUACUAGCUCUGCUGAUGGCUAUUUUUCACUGCUUAUGCACAGGCUUAACUUGAGCUGAACAUAUUCAGCUGAUUGAACUUUCUAGAACCACAAGCAGCAGCUCAGCAUUAAUCAAGUUGGAGUUUGUUGAACCUGCUUCUAAAACAGAUCCCAUUAAGGCUGUAGCUGAAGUCUUGCUUUUGAAAGUCACUUUAAUGGUAACUUAAGCAUCAAGUCAACCUAAUUAAAGCCACUUGAAAAGAACAUUGGUGGGGAAUGCAAACAAGCAACGCAUGAGUCAUUGUUUGCAUGUGCUUGAAACAUGUUGAAGUGUGGGUGAAAGGGGGGGCAGGGGGAUAUGAACGUGAUCUUCUCUGGACCUCUUCUGGUGGCCUAACAUGUCUUCAGGGGUUAGGAGUAAGGGCUAAAAUUAAGAGAAAGUGAGCCACCGUGUGUUCG